AUCAAUUUGUCGGCCAUCCAUUGCUCAUGCCUGGGUGCCCAACGACUACAUCAUAAAUAGGAAUUAAAGCAGGAAAUGUCAUUUGCUGUCGACAACAAUUACAGCCUUGAGCACAAUAAGCCACGCUCAUGUUACUAGCUAUUUUUGUAGUUAGCUACGUUUUUCACGGCGAUCGCUGGCUAUGUAGCUGGCCUGUUCGGUAUCAUUCAUGGCAAGAGAUUCAAAGACGGUGUCUGCUCUGAAGAAUCUUGGGUACCCUGGCAACGCUUGUUUGAGGCAAUGUAGUUGCGAAGAGCUUCCAUGCCGAGUUCUGUCCUGGCUGGUCUCUGAGCUAAGGUCAACCUGUCCAGAGGUACAGGGUGGCGACAAACAAGGUGCUGUUCUGGUGGGGGAGCUGAGGACGCUACUUAGAGAUCUGCACUGUCCCUACGCUGCCCUGGCAACGGAGACACUAUCCCCUGCACUACUUAACACAGCUGCUGAGUUCCUGGUGACGGAACUGCAGGCUGCGAGGAUACUACAGCGCAAAGAGCACCACCCGGAGGACGCAGCCUGCGACGACGGCACCGAGAAGGAACGGAGAGAGGGAGAAGACGUGGGGCUGGAGUUGGAGGAAGAAGGGGGAGAAGGAGACGGAGGGGUGUGGAGUAGAGAGAAAGAACAGGAAGUGAAAGAGGAGUCCGACCGGCUCUUUCGGUCCCUGGGUCUGGAACCUUCCACUCGGCUGAGUGAUGUGUACGCUGAGGUGGAGUCGCGUGUCGCUGCGCUGCCAGGAGGCACUGUGCCCGAGCCGCUCCUGAAGACGACCCUGAAUUCUGAGCAGUGGCGGCGCCUCCACCAGAUCGACCUGGCCCUCGCUCAGGACUACGAGUGCCGUCGAAACAUGAUGACCAAACGCUUCCAGGUCACCCUGCAGUCGUUCACCUGGGGUGAAAAGGGCCCGGUACAUGUCCUAUUAUCUCUACCCUGCUGCCAGACUUUCUGCCUCUUGGAGUCCCGUCAAAUUUAGUCAGUUCUGGAAAUUAACUGAAAUUCAGUUAAAUUGUCAUAAAAUAAUCAUAGAAACCUGUAAAAAAAGAAAGUG